AUGAAAUUCCAACACGUCGCACCGGUGUGCCUUGCGGGCUGUGCCCUGGCCUUGCCGACUCCGGUCGAGAAGAGACAGGAUCUCUCCGACCUCCUUCCGUUCCCUAUCCCAAGCGGUCUAAUUCCGACUGGCCUGUCCCUCCCAUCUGGUCUCUCCCUCCCUUCAGGCUUCCCCAGCUUCUCUCUGCCUACGGAUCUGUCCGACCUAGGCUUGAAGCGCCGGGACGUGCCUUUCUCUCUGCCCUCUGGUGCUGCACUUUCUACAGACUCCCAGGGAUUGUCUCAGCUCCUGCCCUCUGGUCUCCCCGACCUGUCCGGCCUCGGAAUCACCCUUCCCACCGGGCUUCCAUUUGAGAAGCGCCAAUUUGGCGGUGGUGGGGGCCCUGAAGGCGGAUCAUCUGGUGGUCCAUCCUUCGGCGGUGGUUCUGGAGGCCCGUCUUUCGGCGGCGGCGACUCCAGCUCAUCCUCCAGUCCCUUUGGAAGCAUGCCCAGCUUGGGUGGCGGUGACUCCUCUUCCUCCGACUCCUCCAGCCCCUUCGGAGGCCUACCCGGCCUUGGUGGUAGUGGCUCAUCCUCCUCCCAGUCCGGCGGCUCUCCCUCGCCCUCCAGCGGCUCAUCAUCCUCCGGCGGAAUCCCCGACUUCCUCAACGGCCUCGGAGGCUCUUCCAGCGAUUCUUCUAGCUCUGCUCAGCCCUCCAGCGGCAGCCCUCUCGGCGGCCUCUCCGGUAUCUUUGGCGGGCUCGGGGGCGAUUCCUCUCAGUCUUCUAGCAGCCCCUCUAGCUCCUCUCAGCCCUCCAGCAGCGACCCAUUCGGCGGGCUCUCCGGUAUCUUUGGCGGGCUCGGAGGCGACUCCUCCCAGUCUUCCAGUGGCCCAUCCAGCUCCUCCCAGCCCUCCAGCAGCGACCCCUUCGGCGGGCUCGGAGGCGACUCCUCCCAGUCUUCCAGUGGCCCAUCCAGCUCCUCCCAGCCCUCCAGCAGCGACCCCUUCGGCGGACUCUCCGGUAUCUUUGGCGGGCUCGGGGGCGGCUCCAGCUCCUCCUCGGCUGGGGGUGACUCCUCCAGCCCUUCCCAACCCUCCGGCAGCUUCCCUAACCCCUUCGGCGGCUCCUCUUCCUCUUCCUCUUCCUCCGACUCUUCUGCCCCGGCUCAACCCAGCGGCGACGCCCCCCAGCCCAGCGCCGCCUUCCCCAGCAUCAGCCUCCCCGAGCCUACCGGCAGUAGCAGCAGCAGCAGCAGCAGCAGCAGCUCUUCCGACUCCAGCGACAGCGACUCUUCAUCCUCUGCGUCGGACUCCGAGCCCUCUCUGAGCCUUCCGACUCCGUUGGCGUUCUCGCCCGGUGGUCUGAACCUCCCGGCUCCUUCGUCUAGCUCGGCUAUUCCAACCAGCUCGGCUGUUCCUACUAGCACUGCUGUGCCGACUGCGCCGUCUUCGUUCAAGCAGUUUUUUGCUUAGAAAGAUGGUCGACACGGGGUAUACACAGAUGGGUGGGUAGAAGUAGGUAGAUGGGAUGAACGGGCGGAGGAAUUGAGGUGGUGAGGAUGGAUUAGGUGGAUGUGAUGAUGUCAUGCUUGCUGGUCAGGAUAUGAGGAUAUG